AAAGGUGAUUGAUGUUAUGAAUACAAAUAAAUUCGGAUACAGAGAAUCUUCUUCAGCCAAGUCAAGGCAAGUAAAGCCAAAAAUCAACCUGGGUUUUGUCCCUUGGUCUUAAUGCUCACGUUCAUCGCCUUGGAAGUCACGGAGCACAGUUAACAUUCUCAGACCAACACAAACAAACAGCUUCCACAACUCAGCUCUUCAGAAUUUCUUCAUUUAACUUCAUUGAUUUUGGAAAGGUGUUUAAGCUGGGAUUACAAAGGCAUAAUGGCUAGAUCAACGGGGAACAAUAAUACAAACUUAUUAAGAUUGGUAGAGGAGAGAGCAUUGUCGAAGAAAGUUGAGGAAGAACAAAAGAAACAAGAAAUUGGAGUCCCUUAUUUUCAUAAAGACUGCAUCUCAAAUAUCCUUAUUCGACUUCCUCUUCAGUCACUUUCAAGUACAAGGUUUGUUUGUAAACCGUGGUAUGGUAUCAUAAACAGUGCCAAUUUCAUCAAUGCACAUUUUCAUGGCUCUGAAUCUGUUUUGAUCUUUCUAAAAUCAGUUGAAAGUUUGCCUACGGCAUCAGCUCGACCAGAGCAACCAAAUACUUUUUCAGUUGAAACAAGUUUACUUCAGCAAAACUCUUUCUCUAUUUUUGAUCAUCCCAUUACCAAUAGCACGUCAAAAUUUUGUAUCCAGUUCAUGUACUUUAAAGAAGGAAAGAGCAAGUCAGAGGAGUAUAAAGUAAGUUGUUUGGGUAACAUUAGAGCUACAUGCAAUGGUCUAGUUUUGCUUGAUAACCGGCUGAAGAAAGGAGGACUCGUGGUGAUGAAUCCUGUGACAAGAAAGAUGGUUGCACUUCCUGUAGGUACCUUAUAUCCUCCCCAUGAUGAAUCCUAUGGAUUUGCGCUUAGUGAAGCUACUGGUGAAUACAAAGUGGUGCACUUGUUUCGAGAUAGUUUGGGAUAUAUCAGCUGUGAGAUUUUAAAUCUUGGGACACGGUUUUGGAGAGGUGUGAAUGGACCUUCUUUCGGACUCUUUGGUUGGUUUGGAUACAAACCUGUUUCAGCUAUAGGGGCUUUGCAUUGGAUUCCUGAAAUUGAUGCUAGUGAAUACAUAGUGUCUAUGGAAGUAGACCAUGAAAGGUUCCAGACAAUACUCCUCCCAACAGCAUGUAGAACUUAUGAUAGGAUCAUUGAGAAGGAUGGUUUCCUCUGUUUUGUUACACAUGAAGGAUUGAACAUAGAUAUUUGGGUCUUGAAGAGUUUAUCCGGAGAUGUCUGGACAAAACACCAUAGUAUCACAAAAGGAGGUAUAAUUGAUAUGGUUCCGCUUUUUAGUUUGAGAAUGAGUGAGGAUAUGAUUUUCACCAGAGAUGAAGAUGGCUCGUUUUACACUUAUGACUUCACACUCGAAGUGAUGACGAAGGUUGAGACUGAAAAGGAGUGCUUCCUGCCAUCCGAUUCCUACUUUCCUCAUGUCAACAGCCUUAUCUCUUGGGAAAAAAGUUGGGAUGUUUGCGAUUGAUUUACCUCUUGCUGGAAAGAGAAGGAUGCAUAUGUUCCAGGCAAUCAAGUAUGCUCAGUCAUUCCCUGUGAUUGCUCUUUGCAUUUCUUUGUUUGGUAGUCUUCUAUAUACUUAUACUCUUGUGUUCAGAAAGAAUUGCUUCAGUAGAGUAAUGUUGUAAUCAUGGUCUGUAUAUAAGUUUGUGUGUCAAAUCAUUGGAGAUAAUAUUGAACAAGGGUUUGUGAAAUUAA